CUUUUUUUUUAUUAAUGUAUUUUCAAGCCAAUCAAAAGGACAUGUCUGAAUCAAGAUUCAGUGUCAAUUCUAAUCUGAUGAACUAUUCCAUCCCGACAGAAACAAGAGUAGACCAUAAACGAGAAAUAAAACAAGGUGAUUCAGAUACACGUACACGGCAACUGGAGGCACAAAUUGAGCAAUUGACAUUACAAAAUGUGAAAUUACAAAGGACGAAUCGUCUACUCAAGGUGGAUACAGAUAACUUGAUCGAGCAACGAACGAGCCCUUUAGAGAAAAUGAUUGAAGAGUUGACAAUAGCAAAUAUCAAAUUACAACGAACCACUCGACUCUUACAACAGGAGCUUGAUGAAAAGACUGAACAACUCAAUCGAUUAAAAGAGAACCAGAUACUUCAGAUGAAGUCAGUAGGUCCAGAGUAUGAAUUUUUAGUUCAAAAUAUCAAUCUAUUACAGAGACAGCUCGCGGGUCAUCCUAUAUGUGAAGGGACCUGCUGUUUCACAAUGAAACCUGUUGAUCAUUCAACCAUGGUUAUGACUUUACCAUCAACAGAUAACGAUGAGGACGGUGAAGAAGAGCUGGAGGCACAACACAUCUGUCGACCUGUCAUUCACUCUGAUAUAUCACAAGGGUCUUAUGCUACAGAAUUAGAACACAGGAUUAUACGACUAGAGCAAAUUAUUGAAGAGCUCGACCAGGAAAAGGAGCAAAUCUUGCGGCAGCAAAACUACAAAGACAACGAUCUCGAGACAUUAAAAAAAGAACUCAAAAUAAAGGAUGAGAUCGUAUCUCAACUAGAACAAGAUUUUAUGUGCUUAGAAGAUCAAUUAGAGCAUUUACAAAAGCAAUUACAAGAAAAAGGCACUGAUGGAAUGAAUCGACCCAGUUCAUCACAUAUUCCCCAAGAUUUAAAACGACAGUCUCAGUUAUUGAUGGAAUCUAAAAGAAGAUCAUUAGCUAUUAAGGACACUCAUUUAUUAGAGCAAAUACUUAAAGGAGAUUUAGCUGUUGGAGGUGAAGAAGGGCCAAAUUAUACCCAUAGUAGCAUCAGUAGUAGUAGUAUUAGCAGCAGUAGCAGCAGUAGUAGUAGUAGUUAUAGUAAUAUCAAUAGCUCAGAUGAAUCUAUAGACAAUCAAGAUAAAAAAGGUACACCUCUAUGUGACUCAUUAUUCCCUUGCGCCUUUCGACCGGGUCACUCAUCAUCUUAUAACAGCCAACAGCAUUCAAAGGAACCGUACGUGUUAUUUACGUGUAUUACCUUAAUUCUAGGCAUAGCUUCACGGUUAGGCCUAACAGAUGAUUGGACAGUGCCUAUCACUUUAGCUACUCUGGUCUCUGGAUUUCUCUGGUCUGAAAAUAAGAAAAGGAAUCGAACAAAAUAACAAAUUGUGUACAUAAAACAAUAAUCAUUAAAAUAAACACUAAUUUAAAGAUACUUUUUUGCCAA